AUUCAGAAAAGAAAAAAAUAAGAAAGAAGCAGAUUUGCUUUGCUUCUUCUCGCUCGCUAAGCCUUUCUUUUCUUUGCAUGCAUCACCUCAUCUUCUUCAUUCUUUAAGCAAAGUUAAAAACUUUUCAAUCUGGGUAUUGCUGGAAGUAUCUAAAACAGUUGAAAUGUUAACCCUUUUCUCCUUUCCUUUUUGUUUCUUGGUCGCUCGAGCAAAACCCUAAAUCAGUUUACUCUCGAUUCCACUUAAAAGCUCCCACCUUUACAGUUUAUUGAAGCUCUUGUGUAAUAGAUUUAAGGCUUAGAGGAUGAUAAUAGCGAAGCAAUACCGUUGUAUUCACUCUGCCACUUGUCAUUGUACGAAAGGACAUCUUAGUGAAGAAGUACUGUUCCUUAUGGUUCAGCAUCUAAACUGGAACCCUAAUGUAAUCGCCACUCUGUCUUGUGUCUGUAAAUGGUUCGAUGAUCUUGCUAAGAGACUACUUUGGAAAGAGUUCUGUAGAGCCAGAGCGCCCAAGAUGAUGUGUGACUUACAGUCUAGUGGUAGCCACAGUGUUGAUGGUAGUUGGAGAGCACUUGGGAAGCUUUUGAUUUACUGCUCAGGGUCAAGUAAAGGUGGACUCUUUAACGAUGUUCAAGUCCCUGGUCACUUUGUUCACAGGACCCGUUUCUCUAGGACUUCGGGAAGAAGCUUCCUUCCUCUGCAGUGUCGGAACGAUGACAUUCUCUAUGUUUCUGAUCCUUGUGAGCAUUUGGAUCAAGGAGGAGGAGGAGAAGAUGGUGAUUUGGGAUUCUUCCGUGGGAUUUUCAAAUCGUUUUCAAUGUCAAAGGUGAGGAAGUUGCUUAUUAGGAAAGGUACAUCGUUUCAUCCCACAGAGGUUUGUCCUUAUUGCAAAGCCAAGCUGUGGAGUAUGCUUCAGGCGAGGAUGAUACCUCAGAGUGCUAGCUGUAGGUUGGGGGCUUAUGAAGAUAGCAUUGAGUAUUAUGUUUGCCUCAAUGGACAUAUGCUUGGAGUUUGUACUCUCUUACCUUUGUCUGAUUCUGAAGGAGCAUCUGAGUUUCAGUGAAGCUGUGGGUAAAGGUUAUGGUGUAAUCUCUGUUUCUUUCUGCUGGUGAAUUGUUGUUACUCGACUUGGGAACAUCGGUAUGGGCACUUUUCACAGAGCUGGUGUGAAGUGUAUGUGCAGUGUUCGAGAAAGAGAGCAAUUUCAGAUUCACAGAUUCUCUAUCUAGAAUUGUUGUGUAAACCAUUUGUUGUCACAGUGCAUGUAUGUGUAUGAACAACAUUUACUUCUGCUAAAUAAAUUUAGGAACUCUUCUUUGGAUGUCUUGUUUACCCAUCUUAUAGUAUAUCAGUGACAAAAAAUGAUACAAAAACCUAUAAUAGUUCUUGAUGUAACUUAGGUUCAUAACACAUCGUCAAGCUAAAUCUUUGAUUAGCCUGAGUUACUUCUGAACUCGACUGUGCUAUGAGCUGGUUUCUUUCUCAAUCCAACAUCCUCCAUCAUUUUUCUCACCUUCUCCAUAUCUUUCCAUCGUCCCAAAGCCGCAUAGAUAUUCGCCAACAACACAUAGUUUCCUGUGUUCUCUGGUUCUUGCUCAAACAGCUUGUUUGCUGCAACUUCUCCAAGCUGGACAUUCUCAUGUGUGACACAUGCAGCGAGCAAUGCACCCCAAACAGUUGAGGUUGGUUCAAAUGGAAUUGUUGUAAUGAGAUUGUAAGCUUCUUCUAACCGACCUGCUCGACCAAGGAGAUCAACCAUGCAAGUGUAAUGGUUUGGUCGAGCUAUCUUCUUGUGAUGCUCAAGCAUAAACCUGAAUAACGCUAAGCCUUGUUCGACCAAACCGGAAUGGCUGCAAGCGUUUAAGGCAGAAGUAAAUGUAAUUUCAUUUGGCGUCACACCAGACCUAACCAUCUCCAUGAAAACUUGCAGCGCGUUAUGGCCAUCUCCGUGCAUCCCGUAACCAGAGAUUAAUGCACCCCAUAGAACUAUAUCUUUUCUCUUGUGUUUCUCCUGGAUCCCAUCAAAUACCUUGUGGGCAGAUUCUAAAGUUCCACACUUUGAGUAAACAUGAACCAGCCCUGUAGCUGCAUCAAGGCUUGACAUAAACCCGGUUUUGGUUAGGUAGCAAUGUAUGUCCAUUGCUUGGCGCAGAUCUGCCAAAGCUGCAUACGCUGGAAGGAGACUGUUUAGUGUGGCAAUGUUCGGUUCACCAUCUACCCGUCGCAUCCCUUUGAAGAGAUCCAACGCGUCACUCAUUAGUUCAUUAUGUACACAACCGGAAAUAAUCGCACUCCAGGGACCUGCAUGUUUUUUUGAAGCCCCGGAGAAGACUUUGAAGCAAAGGUCUACUCGAUUGCAUUUCGCAUACAUGCUGAUCAAAGAAGUUUCUAUGAUGACACUGGAGAAAACCCUUUGCCUAAUUGCCCAACCAUGUAAGCAUUUACCAUCAUUCAUCUCCAAAGCAUCGCCGCAAGCUGAAACAAGACAGGCUAUAGUCACAUCAUUAGGUCUCACACCUUCAAACUGCAUCAACCUACACAACUCCAAAGCGUUCUUCACGUCCCCUUCUUCUGUAUAUCCGUUAAUCAUACAAGUCCAUGCGAUCACAUCCCUGCGUUCCAUCCUAUCAAACACAAAUCUCGCCUCGUCCAUACGACCACAUUUCAAAUACAUAUCCACCAACGCAUUCUUCACCUCUAUCUUAUCCCCUAACCGCUUCUCUUCCACAAUCUUAUGAACACUCCUGCCCAUUUCAAGAUCCUUCAAGUGACCACAAACAGGCAACAUGGAAACAACAGUAGCGUGAUCAAUAUCAAAACCCUCAUUAACCAUCAAAUCAAACGUCAUCAAAGCAUCAUUCAUGUAACCAUUCCUAUAAUACCCACUGAUCAUAGUGUUCCAUGAAAUCACAUCUCUGUUCAUCAUCACAUCAAACACUCUCCUCGCCAUCUCAACCCUCCCAAAGCUCAUGUACAUUGCAAGCAACGCGUUCUGCACAUACUUAU